GAGAGUACAGUCGUGCCGCGGCCUCCAUAGGGGGAGGUUUAUGCAGUUCGUGUUGUUCGUGACGCCUCGUUUUAUAAGAAAGUUGUGAACCGCGUGUUCUGUCUUGUCUCAACAGUGGAUACGAAACGAUGUUGUGACACUCGUCUAGACAAUCGUGGUGUCACGGGAUUAACGAAAAAUUGCCUUGAAUGUGGAAUAAAAUCUCGCAACUCGAUCGUGGGCCGAGCAACAGAUGUGACGUCGCGCGACGUGCUCUUUAUAUUUAGUUGCCCACGAUUUCCUCGGUUGUUUCUUCGUAACUCGCGUACAUGUAUUUCGUUCUUAUAUUCUCGUCGACGGUUCAACGAUCGCCACGAUUGUAUACUCCAACGGUGACGUAAUAUGGCGCGAACGAAAGUGUAACAUGGACGUCAGUGACAUAGAGGGAUUGUUGAAUUUUUAAACGUUUGCCAUAGAUAAAAGCCUUGAACGUCGACUCAGUUGUGUUCCGUUUUUAUUCCGCGACCUUUAUAGAAGUUAUUCCUUUCUUUAUGACGCGAUCACGCUCGUAUGUGUCACAAAAGUGAAGAGGGAAAAACAGAAAAUAUAAAAAGGCGAAAGUGAAGGAUCGUGCAAUUAUAUUUAACGACAUUGUCAGCCAUAUCCGGUGCUUACCGAACGAGCCUAUCUGAAGGCCCUCUACCUGCGACUGGGAGGACUAUAAGGACACGAGCGCCUUUUUAUUCUUUUUGAAGAAAAGAGAAGCACAGGAAGAAUUCCUUUGUCCUCGAAAGGCAGAGUGGUGAAGCUAGUGGACGAGAACAACCGGCGAAACGACCGUGUGGUGGAAGAGAGAAAGGGAGAGAGAGAGGGAGAGAGAGAAGGAAGCACAGCACGCGGUCGAGAUUCUACCUUGUCGGACGCGUUAUAUCUGGCGUGCGUGAGAGUGAGACGGAUAGUGAAAACGAGACUCGUAGCAUCGGUGAACGUCAGCGCGUUGCCAACGGCAAAGGGCAACAACCACACCGUGAACACAGAAUAUGGCGUGCUGUUAGCCAAGGCCAGGUCGAAUCGUACAUUUUCAAUCGACAUUGACCUUGUUUGCUUCUCUCCCGCGAUCCACGAGAAUUUUCAACCGAUACACGUGCGCGUUUUGGUGUAAUGUUUCUGGUUGAUUAGCGUUACCUCGUUCGAUCCGUGCCGAGUUUGCGUGUGCCCUUUACCGUGAAUCGUGUCCAAGGAUGGAACGACGAAGAUUACCGGAUGCCAUGUUGGUGCUGGUCAGAGCAGCUGUUCUAGCAGCUGUCUUGGGACUGUUCCUGGGAUCGAGCCAUGCAAGUCGGCCUGCCGGUGCGCAUCCCGGCCACGCGUACUACGAGCAACCUUGCUGCGGACGCUCUCACCUCAGGCAUCAUAAAGAACACGUGAGGGAGUUCAGCUGCGGGAUGCUGUAUUACAGGACGCUGUACCUGGACAGUAAGAGGGACGCCCUAUACGUGGGCGCGAUGGACAAAGUGUUCAGGCUGAAUUUGAGCAACAUCAGCCAUUCCAACUGCGAGAGGGAUGCGCUUCAUCUGGAGCCGAGCAACGUGGCAAAUUGUGUGUCCAAAGGGAAAUCAGAGCACUUCGACUGCCGGAAUCACAUAAGGGUGAUCCAGCCAAUGGGGGAUGGAAAUCGGCUGUACAUGUGCGGCACGAACGCCCACUCGCCCAAGGAUUGGGUGAUUUAUAGCAAUCUGACCCAUUUACCUCGCCACGAGUUCGUCCCAGGCGUGGGAAUGGGCAUAGCCAAGUGUCCUUACGAUCCUGCGGACAAUUCGACGGCCGUGUGGGUGGAGAAGGGGAAUCCUGGGGACCUGCCAGCUCUUUAUUCCGGAACCAACGCCGAAUUCACGAAAGCCGAUACCGUAAUCUUCCGCACGGAUCUGUACAAUUUAACGACCGGUCGGAAGGCGUUCAGCUUCAAGAGGACGUUGAAGUACGACUCGAAAUGGCUGGACAAACCUAAUUUCGUGGGAUCUUACGACAUCGGCAGCCACGUAUUCUUCUUUUUCCGCGAGACGGCCGUGGAAUACAUAAAUUGCGGGAAAAGUGUGUAUUCCCGCGUGGCGAGAGUUUGCAAAAGGGACACCGGCGGCAAAAAUAUUCUCUCGCAAAAUUGGUCGACUUAUCUGAAGGCAAGGCUGAAUUGCUCGAUACCCGGCGAAUUUCCAUUCUACUUCAACGAAAUACAGAGUAUUUACAAGGUGCCCGGCGACGACACUCACUUUUACGGUACUUUCACCACGUCGACGAACGGAUUGAUGGGCUCGGCGAUCUGCUCGUUCCAUAUCGACGCGAUUCAAGAGGCGUUCCGUGGAAAAUUCAAAGAACAGGCGACGAGCAGCAGCGCCUGGCUUCCGGUGCUCUCCAACAAAGUUCCUGAACCGCGGCCCGGCCAAUGCGUGAACGACACUGAAACGUUCCCGGACACGGUCCUCAACUUCAUUCGAUCCCAUCCCCUCAUGGAUUCGGCGAUAUCGCACGAGAAUGAAAAACCCGUCUUUUAUAAACGCGACGUGAUGCUCACACGAUUGGUCGUGGAUAAACUGCGUAUCGAUUUCGUCGGCCUCGAUUUGGAUUACACGGUCUACUAUGCUGGAUCAAGUGAUGGACGCGUGCACAAAGUUGUCCAAUGGAUAGACAAUAAUGGGGAGUCCCAGUCUAUCCUGUUGGACGUUUUUGACGUGACACCGGGCGAGCCGAUCCAGGCGAUGGAAAUCUCGAAGGAGCACAAGGCUCUUUACGUAGCUUCCGACCAUCGAAUAAAACAGAUCGACUUGGUGAUGUGCACGCGAAGAUACGACAAUUGCCUUCGCUGCGUUCACGAUCCUUACUGCGGAUGGGACAAGGACACGAACACGUGUAAACCUUACGAGCCCGGACUCCUUCAAGACGUGUCGAACAGCACAGCGGACGUUUGCGACAGUAGCGUGGGCAAACGGAAGCUGGUAGUCACCUGGGGCCAGUCGGUGCAUCUCGGUUGCUUCGUGAAGAUGCCGGAAGUGCUGGCGAAUCAGGAAGUCAGGUGGUACCACUACAGCAAGGAGAAAGGCAGGUAUCAGAUAGCUUACAAGUACGGUGCCGGAGGGGACAAGUUCAUCGAGACGUCCGAGAAGGGCCUGGUGAUCGUUGGCGUGAACGAACAAGACGCCGGAAGAUACGAUUGUUGGCUAGGCGGUUCCCUGCUCUGCUCUUACAACAUCACCGUGGACGCGCAUAGAUGCUCGGCGCCUGCAAAAUCUAACGACUAUCAGAAGAUAUACUCGGAUUGGUGCCACGAGUUCGAGAAGUACAAGUCGGCAAUGAAAAGCUGGGAGAGGAAGCAAGCGCAAUGCGCAUCGAGGCAAAACGACAGCAAUCAAAAUCUCCACACAAACGAGGUGUACGGCACCCCCUUGGUCUGAUGGAGCCGAUCGUUGUUGGAGCCCUCUUCGAGCCGAGAUCCGGACACACUGCCACGCAAGAGCGUCCUGCCAAGGAAUCGCGGUCCAUCCACGAUCAGUUGGGCGAGCCUCACUCUCCUUCUGACCGGUUACACCACUGCCUUUGUACUUUUUGCCGCUGACGAUUUUUCGUCCCAAUGAACGUCGUAAAGAAGAACAAAAAAAAAAAAAAGAAAAAAAAGAAAAUCAAGCAGUCGAACGUCCGAAACGCGAGCAGCUCGAUCA